AUGACCGCAGUCGUCCCCCUUGGCCCCCCUCAGGAGGGCUCGCAGGCGGCCGCUGAGCAUGCGUCAGCAACUGCGCGCGUGCAGCUAGCCGCGAGCGCUGCGCCCGGGGAGCCCCCUGCCAAGUCUCAUGGCCGCACGACGCACUUCGAGAGCCUGAGGCCGGCGCUGAGCUCGCCCCCGGUCCCAAGCCAGUUGUCCCCGUCUCUGGAGCGCUCUGCCAGUCUGGACUGGGAUGACCUGACGUUCGUGAAGCCUCUGGGCAAGGGCGGGUUUGGGACGGUGCACCUCAUGGAGCUGUGCCGUCCGGGCCAGAAUCCGAUCCGCGUUGCGGUGAAGAAGAUCCACAUCGACCCGGCGCACUCGUACCGCAACAGGGCGAUGCGGGACUACGCCGUGGAGAUCAAGAUGCUCCAGACGCUCGACCACGACCACAUCGUGCGCGUCGUCGGCGUCGGACGCGUCGCGGCCGCACCAAGCAACGCGGAGAGCGCCCGCCCGCCGGCGCCAUCGGCGGUGAGCGCGCGCAGCGCCGGGCCGAAACCCGGGCCGAGCAUUCGCAAGCAGCUGCUGCGGGCGCGCACGGACACGCACGCGCGCGGCGCCGUGGUGCCGGUUCAGAGCCCGCCACGCGCCCCGGCCCCCAGCGCGCCGCCGUCCACCGCGGACGUCGUGAGCCCGCUGCGGGCGCCGUCCGUGCAGCAGCUGCUCUCGCGCGUGUCGUCUGGGAUGCUGAAGCCGGGGGCGGUCGAGGGGGUGUUUGUGGCGCUGGAGUACUGCGAGGGGGGGUCUCUGCAGCAGUUGAUCAGUGAGCAGAUGAGCGAGGUGGGGGGGGUGUUGUACAAGUGGGACACGGCGUUCAAGUGGCUGCGCGACACCGCGUCGGCGCUAGCGUACCUCCACGAGUUCGACCCGCCGAUCAUGCACCGCGAUCUCAAGCCUGAGAACGUCCUGCUGACAGUGGCGGACCCGUGCGACGCGGCAUGCCGCGCGAAGCUCACCGACUUCGGCCUCUCGCGGCCGGAGACCGUCCCGCGGUCGCGCUUCGUGUCGGGAGCGGACGGGGAGCUACUGGGCGACGCGUCAGGGGCGAAACACCCCGUGCGCUCCCCGGCGACGAGCAAGCGCAGCAUGGUGCUGGCGGAGGGGGUGCGCGAGGUGCCGGACGGCGCGGCGGGAGUCGCCAAGAACACGACUGGCGCGGGCACGAUUCUGUACAUGGCUCCAGAGGUGUUCCGCAAGGAUGCGUACAACAAGAGCGCGGACGUGUUCUCCUUCGCGCUCAUCAUGUUCGAGACGCUCCGGGGCGAGCUGCGCAGCACGGCGGCCAUGGUGGGUUCUCGCGCGGAGGCCCUGGAGCUGGCCAAUCGCACGGCGCACGGCGCGCGGCCGGAGCUGCCGGAGGAGUGGCCCGAGGAGGUGCAGGACUUGAUCGCGCAGUGCUGGCUGCAGGACCCGGCCAAGCGGCCGCACAUGCGAGAGGUCGUAGAGGAGCUGGACGCGAUCAUCGCGGCGGGCAUCCCGCGGAAGUACGCGAGGAAGUACCAGCCCGCGCCGCUCGCGAUGCGGCCGUUCACGCGCACCGCGUGGUCCGCGAAGACGUCCGCGGCCGGGGACGACGAUGCGGCGCACGUGCGCGAAGACAAACCUGCUUGCUGUGCCGUGAUGUAG